AUGAAGGGCGAGAUUCUCCAUCUUCACCUGGGCCAGGCUGGAACGCAGCUUGGCAACAGUGCCUGGGAGCUCUACCUCCUUGAACAUGGUCUCGGCGCGGAUGGCCUCAAGGACCCUAACGCGUCGGCCGACGUUGGCGACGGCGGCUCGUACGAGACCUUCUUCACCGAGACCAGUGGCGGGCGGUCCAACGGCCAGGCAAAGUACGUGCCGCGGUCCCUCUUUGUCGACCUGGACCCGUCGCCGAUUGACGAGAUCCGCACGGGCCAGUACCGCCAUCUCUUCCACCCCGAGCUGCUGAUCAGUGGCAAGGAGGACGCGGCCAACAACUAUGCCCGCGGCCACUACACCAUUGGCAAGGAGCUGGUCGAGAACGUGAUCGACCGGAUCCGUCGAGUUGCGGACAACUGCAACUCGCUCCAGGGCUUCCUCAUCUUCCACUCGUUUGGUGGCGGCACUGGAUCCGGGUUCGGGGCGCUGCUGCUGGAGCGGCUCUCGACCGAGUACGGCAAAAAGUGCAAGCUCGAGUUUGCCGUCUAUCCGGCGCCGCGCGUGGCGACGGCGGUGGUGGAGCCGUACAACGCCGUGCUCUCGACGCACAGCACGCUCGAGAAUGCCGACUGCACGUUCCUGGUCGACAACGAGGCCGUCUACGACAUCUGCCGCCGCAACCUCGACAUCCCGCGGCCCGACUACGAGCACCUCAACCGGCUGAUCGCCCAGGUGGUCAGCUCCAUCACGUCGUCGUUGCGCUUUGACGGCGAGCUCAACGUCGACCUCAACGAGUUCCAGACGAACCUGGUGCCGUACCCGCGCAUCCACUACCCGCUGAUCAGCUACGCCCCGGUCGUGUCGGCCUCCAAGAGCGCCCACGAGAGCUUCAAGGUGCAGGACUUGACGCUGCAGUGCUUCGAACCGAACAACCAGAUGGUCGUGUGUGACCCCCGCAACGGCAAGUACAUGGCCGUGGCGCUGCUGUAUCGUGGUGACGUGGUGACGCGCGACUGCAACACGGCCGUGGCGGCGCUCAAGGCCAAGUCGUCCUUCAACCUGGUCGAGUGGUGUCCGACCGGGUUCAAGAUCGGCAUCAACUGCCAGAAACCGAUGGCGGUGCCGACAGCGUCGCCGGCCGACGGCGGGCUGGCCAGCGUGGAUCGGUCGGUGUCGAUGCUGUCGAACACGACGGCCAUUGCCGAGGCCUGGUCGCGUCUGGACUACAAGUUCGACCUGAUGUACAGCAAGCGCGCAUUUGUGCACUGGUACGUGGGUGAGGGCAUGGAGGAGGGCGAGUUCAGCGAGGCGCGCGAGGAUCUGGCCGCGCUGGAGAAGGACUAUGAGGAGCCUCCAUAA